AUGUCUGAAUCAAAUGACAACAGUAAUGUUAUUAAAUCUGAAGAUGAUGAAAUUAUAACAUCGUUAGACUACGAAUUUGAAGAAAAAAGUGAUUCACAAGAGGAAGACAAUCAACAGGAGGAAGAAAAAUUGCAGGAAGAUUCUUUCGAGGAUUCGUUAGAAAAUUAUAUAAAUUAUGAGGAACGUGUGACAUCGAUGCCGGCACGUCAUCAUGAUAAGUUUUUAGACAGAUAUGAGGAUGAAAACGAGAUAGAAAAUAAAACAAAGUUUUUGGAUCGAAUGUGGCCUACGGAAAAAUAUACAACAUAUCACCUGGGUGGCACAAGAUAUUGGGAACUCGAUAUUAUGGAACCGUCAGUUGUAUUUAGUAUUACAACCAAAGCUAUCGACGUUCCGGUUACUAGAACAACAUGUCUCUAUGUUGUCUUAAAAAAUGAAAUAAAUACCGAUACAAAAACAAAACGUAAUAUACACUAUCACAAACGAAAUGUUUAUAAUAAUGAAACGAGGAAAUAUAAUAUUUCUAUCAAAAAGCAAAAAAUCGGUCUUAAAAAUAGAAGAAAGAAUAUGCAAAAUUUGCGCGCAUCGAAUCGCUACGCACGAAGAUCUGGAGGAAAGAGAAAACUUGACAAGUUUUCGCGUUUCAGCAACGAGGAUAUAAUAAUAGCAAAAACUCGAAAGUUAUGUAGUGUCAAUGGGAACGAAUCAAAGCAUCAAAUAAUUAAACACAAAGAUACUAUGGACACGAAAAAUAAAGCUAAAAAGAAACAAUCGACAAAAUCGCAAAAAUCACAAAGUAUUAAUUUGCGCUCUCCAAAAAGUUGUACAAAUAACUGUAUCGGGAAUAAAAAAAAUUCGGGCAAAACAAUUACGAGAACGACAGUAAAUCAUUAUUCUCAAGCAAAAAAUAGCAACAAUAAGGAGAAUAAAAAAGUAACGAGCACCGAUGAUAACAAAAAGCUAUCAAUAUGCACGUCACGCAAUAAAAAAAAUCAUAAUUUAAAUUGUAUUUGCGACAUCGUGAACGUAAUUGGAAACAUAAAAUCUAUAUUAAACAGAAUAAGUUUUACGUUGGACGAAAUUAAGACGCUUAAUUGCAGCGUAUAUAAAGAGACCCAGGACAAAAUUGUGAUUUCGAUGGAUUCCGACGCGGAAGAAGUUAGAGAAUUUUCACAGCCGCAUUACAACAUCGAAUCAUUAAAAGGCCAAAAAUAUAUCAAGCUAGAAGAGUUGGAAGAUGAUUUUAAGAGCGAUUUGGAACUCGGCAACGAUCACGAUAUCGUUUCAUUGCCCGGUCUUAAUCUCAACUUACCUUGUAAUCAAGACAGCGACGGGAUCACUUGGCUAUCGAGUAUCAGUAGACCGAGUUACGCGUGGAAAAGGACCGAUGGCAUCGCAAUUUUCGGUUUUGUGGCGGAAAACGGUGAUUUAGAAUUGCGAAAUGUAAAUGCGAAAGAUACGGGGAAUUACACGUGCGUCACAACGUAUAUGGGUCCCGAGACUGAAGAGCCUGUAGAAGCUACUUACGAUGUUCAUUUGCAAGUGGUGACGCUACCGAGAUACAUCGUACACGGUGAGAAUCGUUACUAUACACGAUCCUGCGACGAAAGAGAUUUGGAUAUAUUGGUGACGUAUCUUCCAAUAAAACUGAAUGAUAUUAUAUGCGAGGCAGAUAUUUGCAAUGCUUAUAUCUUAACACCAUCUUGCUCUCGAAAUCAAAUUACCGUAAAUAUUCUGUUAUUGCCAUCGCAUAUCGUCAAACUGAUAACAAUCGAUCCCAAACACUGCAAUGUCUUUUGUCUUAAAGCUAUUCAGGACAAACUCUCGCUUAUACUGAGUAAAAAUUUACAAAUUUUCUUCGGGAAAACUAAUUACCUCAUUAUGAGCAGAGAUUGGUUCCGAUUGCUGAAAAAUCCACAUUCGCAAGAUGGAAAAGAGGAAGGGCAAAUGCAUUUGUCGGAAGAACCAGUAAUAUCGGCCUGUUUUCCAGCUGCCCGGCCGGAUAUGGUCUUCGUGGCACGCGUUGUGUUCCAUGUAAUAUGGGUACUUAUAGUGAGGAUGGAAUAUCGUACUGUAAAAAGUGUCCGUCUGGUACUUAUCAGCCGAAUCAUGGUGCCAGAGUUUGUCGCACGUGUACUGAUCCUUUGACGAAAGGCUGUCACAAUAUGCUCUGGAGUUCUUUUUCCGCUAUAAUGAUAACUUUGGCAAGUAUCGGCGUAAUACUAUCAAUAUGUUUGCUAUUCUUGUGGAUAAUCUGCUGCGCUAAGAAAUUCUGCAUAAAGAAGAUAGCUAGUAUUAUAUUUAAAA